CCGAAGGAGCAACCGCCGGACAGAAUGCCAGCCCUGCUUCAGCGAAGCAUCUCCAGAAAGCUCCAUCGGCCAGCAAUGCGGCUGCCACAACCGCCGGAGGCCAUCGAUACCGUUGGGACGCCCGUUGUGCAAUCACCUAUCACCCAUGAGACACCGCCCAGCUUCCCAGCCACUGGGAGCGUGCAGCAAAGGGCGCAGCAGGAGACGUUGGCCACAAAAGAUGCACCACGGCAGAGUGCCUACAUUGAUCCCAACGCCAAUCGCAAAACUUCGGUCCUCAAGAAGGUACGCCUCGCGAUCCUCAUGCAUCCCUCGGCAACCUCCAACAAAGCAAUGCAGUCAUGUUCGUGCGUGCGACUGGCGAGGAAGUCUCUGACUGACUCCGAUGAGGAAAGAGAUUCACCCUCCUCUACUCCGCUUUCCGUCGACUGUAGUUUGGAUCUCACCAGCACAAGCAGGAGCAGCACAUUUGCCAGCGACUUUAGUGAUGAGGAGGCCACUCGAAUAGAGUCUCUCCUCACUGACAGGGAGUCGGACGACCCUAAUACUUCGCGCAGUGACAUGGAUCCCAAACCUCUCACCGAGGGGGAGAAGGAGAACGACGGACUGCUUGAAAUGGCAAAGGGGAAGAGCAUGGUAGGUGAAGAAGAGGAGGAGGAGGAGGAGGAGGAGGAGGAG